AUGAGUUCUACCACGCAAAAGACAGGCUUCGGUCUGGGCAAUUUACCUUAUGGCAUCUUCAGCACAGUUGACGACACAAGAUGCCGCAUUGGUAUCGCUGUCGAAACGUACGUGCUCGACCUCAGUGUCUUUCUGCAGCAGCAGCCUGUCCAGAACCUCGACUUUGACUCUUCAGUCCUGCGAGAUGAGACUUUGAAUCGAUACGCUGCGCUUGGCCAGCCGGUUCACCAGCAUGUUAGAGCACAUCUGCAGCAGACACUACCACGAUUGCUAAAGCAAGAUGAGACGGGACUUCGCGCUGCAGGACUUUGCCCUCGUUCCGAGGUCUUGAAUCAUCUUCCGUUCGACAUUGGGGACUAUACUGAUUUCUUCACGAGCCCGGAUCAUGCCCGGCGAUGUGGCGAAAUAUUUCGACCGGGCCAGCCAAUGGGAUCCAACUUCUCCUCGAUGCCUUUGGCAUACCACGGCCGUAGCUCUUCAAUAGUGGUCUCGGGCACUGAUGUCUAUCGGCCAUCGGGUCAGUACCUGAAAGACGGAGUCAAGACCUUUGGACCUUCUCAGAAGCUCGAUUUCGAGCUUGAGCUGGGAGUAUUCGUUGGCAAACCCAGCCAGCGAGGCAAGCCUAUCGCAAUCGACGAGGCCGAUGACCACAUCUUUGGCUAUGUCCUUAUGAACGACUGGUCUGCCAGGGAUAUUCAGCAGUUUGAAGCCCAACCGCUCGGGCCAUUCAAUGGCAAGAACUUCUGCACCACUGAUGAUCUACCAUGUUAUCUGAAGCGAAGCGAUGGUAGAGUUGAGCACGUCUAUGACAUUCCUGUGGAUAUCUUUAUCAAGGCUCCUCGAUACGACGGAACACUAGUCAUGAGUAGUAACACAAAGCACAUCUCUUUCUCGCCUGCACAGAUGCUGUCGCAUCACACCGUCGGAGGUUGCCCGAUGCGAGCCGGAGAUCUAUUUGCUUCCGGAACAUUGUCUGGGGCUACACUACAGGAAGCUGGCUGCCUGCUGGAAGCGACUUGGAACGGGAUACAGAAACUCGAGCUAGUCAGCAGUCAGGGCGAUGGGGCAUCAGAGGAUGACGUCCGUACGUGGCUGAAGGACGGAGAUACUGUAUCGUUUUGUGUUGGCGGCGCUGCAUCAGAUAUCGAUUUUGGCGCAUGCGAGGGCACGAUCUGCUCGAAGAGCUCUAGUGACACUUGA